AUGACUGCUGCCCGUCUGUCACCAGCAGCGAACUUGCUCCGCAACUCCAGACUCUUCGCCAUCCCAGCUGCUGUGUCCCUACCUGCGAUAGAACCUUCAUCAGAACCCAUCUCAUACUCGGAUUCUGCUACCACUCCAUACCCGACUCGAGCUGCUCUUGAGACUCCAUUGACCUCAUUAAAUCAAGGAGACUGGGGUUUGAAAAGGCCGCUGCCUAUCAAAACUACUACAAAGUCUGGGACACCUCUUGUCCGUUUUCAAAGAGGAAUAGACACCCCCGAGCACGUCGUCGACUUCGAGUCAGCAGCAGAUCAUGUCCUCACUUUGCGCAAGUACCAGGAGCUGAACCUUAGAGUUGUUUUGCCUGCGCCGAGGGAUCGGAAAUCAACAUUGAAUACACAACGAACGAGCGCCUUUGAUUCGGAAGUAGAUCACACUGCCGACAAACCUCACUCAAGCCUCAUCGGAAAUACAUCAACGUCAUGGUUAGAUGAAAGUCCAUCGGAACGAGCGAAACGGAUGCCGCAGCAUCUCAAAGAUGCACUCGAGAAGAUUACCCAAGCAAGAGCAGAUGCAACAAAACCUGGGGCUGAGACGCACUCAAUUCAACCACAACCUACUUCCCCUACAGCUUCACCACCCACACAAGCUGCUCGCAGAUGGCGUUACUCUGGACCAUAUCUGGCGGGGCUGAACGGGAUGGAAUUCGAUUCUUUCCUUAAAGGCAUCACGAGGGAGAAGAGAGCUGCGUUUAGGGAAUUGGUCAAAAAUCAUUUAGCUGGGCAGCGAGCUUCUGAUCAGCGAUUGAAAGCUCUUGAGGAAGGCCAGGUGGAUCCACCUCCGCCGGCUCCGUCAGAGAUCACAGACUCAGAAGUCACAGAGCACCUACGAUAUUUGCGAUCAGAACCCGGCAAAUUUGGUCCCCUGAUUGCCGAGUUCUUCGAUCUCGCCGAUGGUCCGAAGCCCUCGCCGGACACGACCGACCCUUGGUCUUAUGGGCGUGAUACCGUAUCGGCGGAUCUCUACAAAGAGUCCGGGCCACCACGCACGCAUCCAUCUGCAGGUCUGUCCUAUAUUAAAACAGAGAUGUUUGCGGCGAACGACGCUGUCACCGGUCCCAGAGGGACACGGUCGCCCGUUGCAGCUCGCCUUCUUCGAUCCAUCCAGUCUACUCAUAACAAGCACAUCCCCUUCGUGGGUGUGGCUGGAUUUGUCGUUCCGCAACCCACAAACCCUGGCAUUUCGGAGCAGAACUGGAAGUGGGCACCGGUCAAAGAUGGGCCUAAACUUGUCGUCACUCCAAUUGCCACCAGCAUUUCACAAGCUGGCAAAGUUGAGAUCCAGACCAGAAUGCAGCCUGACUGGAUUGUAGAGGACGAUGUACCUGUCAAUAUCACCGAAAGACGGACUCUGAAAGGUACUCCGACUCCCACGAGACCUUUAUCUUCUCAAUUGCCGACUUUUGGUCGCAAAGGAACCCCUAGUCGACGGCAGCGGCCAGCACCGGAACCCAGUCAGAGCAUCGACGAAGAGAUAGGUUUAUUGUUGCGGGCGAACUCGAAGUAUAAAACGAACAAGCUCGCUUGA